AUGUGCGCAAAGAGGCGAGCUAGAAGGUGGCGAUUUCCAGUCACGUUGAGCAUUUUGUCGGUUUCGAUUGCGAUGGUCGGUGGUUUGCUUGUCGUCGACGAUAAUGCAGAAGCUGCAGCAAUAGAACUAACGAGUGCUAAUGGAACUGAUAAAACUGAUAACGGAAAUGAAAAAAUUGAUAAUCACAAUAAUGCUGGUGCAGAUCGUCAGCGGCGUUCUUAUGCAAAUUGUUUUGGAACUGAAAAAUUUCUGCUAGUUGGGUAUGCGAACUGUCACCUAACCACUGAAAGGAGUCCACCUCCUGGAAUGUGUCCUUACCAUACUCUUUAUCAGCUCAGUACUUAUUCGCAUACGCAAUGGGAUUGUGCGAAUGUACGAAUGCAUUUGUUGAUUGGUGAUAACGAGCGACCGAGAGUUUUGAUUAUUGGAUCAAGUCGAGAUUCUGGUAAUUAA